CUACAGGAAAACUAGAGGCCAGUUGCCCAAUUGAACCCACUAUUAUUACCUAUUUCUGGGUGGCAGCUGGAAAGUUCUCAUGUUCUCAAGGCUAAUUUAUAAGAAGAAGGAAGGCGGUGUAUGUGCCAAAGCCAAACACUGAACAGGUCCAUUUAAUGUUUCUCCUACUGCGGUUCUUGCACUUGGACUAAAGAUUGGGACCAUUUCCAGUUUGAUCCACCCCGUGUGCCCCUGGCGAGAUCACAGCCUGCCAUGCAGUGCGGUCUCAUCCUCGCUUUCGUGAGUGCAGCUGGAGUCGUUCUGGCCAAAGAUGCGGAACAGGACAAGCUGAACUUGCAAGAAGAUUUUACUGUUCCUUACAUGGUGUAUCUGCAGUCCAGCCCAGAGCCCUGCGUGGGGUCUCUCAUUCACCCCGAGUGGGUGCUGACGGCUGCUCACUGCCCCUUACCCGUUAAAAUCCGACUGGGAGUUUUUCAACCCAGCAUCACACACAAGAAAGAGCAGACACGGAAUUCCUCACUGACCGUGCCCUACCCUGACUUCAACGCGCGCGCGCUGGAAAACGACCUGAUGCUGAUCAAACUGUCGAAGCCUGCUGCGCUCAACGCACGCGUGGGAACCAUAGCCAUAGCGAUGGAGCCUCUAGCGUUUAACGAUUCCUGCUUUAUCCCGAUCUGGAGGUGGAAUGAAUAUAAAAACAUCAGUGACCCCGACAUCCUGACUUGGACAAACCAACAUUCGCUUCCCUCCACGGAGUGCCAUAAUAUGCUAGACCAAAGAACGACUGUCAACAUCAUGUGUGUGGGACAACCUCUAAACACCUUUACAGAAAUUAAGGAAGUGUCAGCUGCUCCAGCCAUCUGCAAUGGGAGGGUGCAUGGAAUUUUAUCCUGGGCAAAAGGAAGCAUCACCCUGGGAAGUGAAGGAUUCUUCACCAAAGUUCAUCCCUAUGCAAGAUGGAUCAUGAAAACCAUUCAGACCUACUGAGGCUCCUCUGUUCCCCCAUCCUGUCAGUGCGGCCUCUUCAUGAUUUCUAUACUGGACACACAACUCUCUUGAUUGUCCUUGCUCUUGAACAGAAUCCAAAUAAAACACAUCCAAUAAAAAGAAA